AUGCGCUCGCCUCGGUCAUUCGCCACCUCGCGGGGAGCACCAAACGCGGAUGUUCAUUCCCAAAGUGCAUCAUACGCUGGAUCCCGUUCGUUGGGCCAUGCAGAGGCAGUAGCGACGGGCAGCGAUCGUGCUUCUGCCAGUAACAAUCUCCGCCUGAGAGCCAAUGCUCCGUCUCUAGGCGGAAACUUGCCAAACCCGAUCGUUGGUGCACUUAUGCAUUCGCGGUUUCAGCGUGCUCGCACAAGGGAUGAGAGUACUGCCGCGGAAUCCUCCAGGUCAACUACGUCGACGAGCACUCCCCUCCAACAGCAUUCGCCAUCGCCUCGAAUCAUUGCGCACCCAGCGUCCGAUGAGGAUCAGGUGAUCUACGUCGAUGAGAGGAAGAAGAGAACGUCGCAUUUGCCAUCGCCGACGAAAUUGUUCUCCAUGGGCCGGUCACGUCCGAAUGUACCGGUUUCUCGUCGUGGAGGAUCUACUCUUGGUGCUGAAGCGAAUAAUUCUGACCCAUCGACGAGUGGACCUGGCCAAGCACGUGGCCAGAUGGCAAGUGGGAGCUCGAGCCACAGUGCGGAUCUGCCGCAGAGUAUAGACUCUGUCGGCGGGGUAUCUCAAUUCCAGACUCGUCAACGAUCUCGACCGGCAGAUGGGGCUUGGACAUCCGACUCGAGCCGUGAAGGCGACGUGGAGGUGGAGGGCGGGCAACCGCGCGGUGAAUGCGCGGCUGACGAGGCUGCUGAGCACUCUCCGCGGUCAGCUGGUCAAGAUGUGUCCCGGAAAUCUAUGGAGGAUUCACGCUCGUCGACACCAAAUGGAUCUGCUCGGUCCAAGAGGGGAAUCAAGGGGACACUGAAUGCGGCUGAACGGUAUACGGUGUCGUUGUUUAGGUCAAAGGGAAAAGGAAGGGAAGAUCUUAGCCAUGGUCAGAGUUCGAAUUCAAGUCCAGCAGCUCACGACGACAAGGAUAGAUAG